CGGGUGGGCGGAGCGGGCCCCCCGAGCGGGGGCUGGCGAGCGCGGGGAGGGGGCCGAAAGGGCGGCAAAGCCGGCGCGCGCCCGGCUUGGGGCGGAGGGCGGAGGCCCACGGGCCGGAACAGCCGCGGCAAGUGGCGGCGGCAGCGGUGGAGGCAGCUGAGGCGGCGGCGGCGGCGAGCGGGGGUCCGGGCGGCAGCGGCGGCGGCGGGUCGAGGAGCCGGGCGCGAUGGAGCGGAAGAGGUGGGAGUGCCCGGCGCUCCCGCAGGGCUGGGAGAGGGAAGAAGUGCCCAGAAGGUCGGGGCUGUCGGCCGGCCACAGGGAUGUCUUUUACUAUAGGUGAAUGAACGUGCCGGCCGGGCAGGGCCCCAACGGGCGUCUCCCAGCGGCCUCUGCGGCGGCCUGGGCGCCCCGACCCGGGCCGCGGCCUGGGCCCCGCGCGUGCGUUGUACGUGCAUGCGUGCGUGCGUGCCGGCGCGCGGCGGGCGCUUGGCCCAGUGCGCGUGCGUGCCCGGCGGGCCCGAGCCCAGUGCGCGUGCGUGCCCGGCGAAGCCUUCGCUCUGUGUGCUUGCGCUCCCCCCGCUGCCGCAUGGUCCUGGGACCGGCCCCGGGUUGGCGGCGGCCUUUGUUCGGCGGCCGCGGCGAAGCGGCCGGCUGGGCAAGGGGCACCCCGGCACGGGCCAGAUGCCGCUGGGAGGCGGGGGUGGGGGCUGGGCUGUCCCUUUGGUUCUCGUGGGGCGCUCCUGGGGCCGCGCGCAGUCUGGGUCGGGUGGGGAUCCCGGGUUUCAGGGAGCAGGGUUCCCUCUGGGGGACCAGGGAGGGCUGCCUAGAGAUGCAGGUUUCUGGGCCCUUCACAGGGUGGCCUGGUCCUGGAGCUGCGUGUCUUUUAAGAGCCGCCCCUCCCCCAUCCUUGGGCACCGUGGGUAGUGGCCUCUCCAGUCGCCAGACCGGGGACGCGGCCUUUGUGAGCUUCCCUCACCCAAACUGGAGGGAGGGCUGCCCUUGGCCCGAGAAAGGUGGCAGGGACCCCCCCACCCCCAGUGAAACAGAAUCAGUAGGCGGCUGGAAGCCCAGCCUCAGACCGUCAGCCACCUGCUGUUUGCCUUUUCCUUCCUUUUUUUUUUUUUUUUCCUCUUGAUUGGUGGAAGAUGCUUUUGUUUCUGAGCCAGGCUUGAUGGCUCCCUCCCCUUUGCUUUAGGACCCUGACAAAAGAAAAGCAGGCGGGACACCUGCCACGUGUUGAAUGCCUGCCAGGUGUUGGGGGGUGUGCAGCAGGUCCUGGGCCUUUGCUGUCCUCGCUUUGGGAGGAGUGAAGGAAGUGAGCAGGGUAAGGAUGGCAGCUCAUCCAGGACAAGCUCAGGUUCUAGUGUCCAAAGAGUGCUGGUGGCCCUCCAGUGUGUACUGUAAUUGGCUGCCCCUCUCGUAAUGUCAAGCAUGAAAUAGUGGGGUUACGAUAAUCUUUUAGGGAAACGUGUGUAUUCCCCCUCACUGCGGCUGUCUGUGACGUCACUCCCUCGCUGGCUGUUUAGAGAAGCUUCCUUCUGGGUGCGUGAAGAGGCCUCUCACCACCGCCCCUCAUUUAAUUCUGAGCGCACUUGUGUUCUCACUUCUUCCUUUUAGGUCUGAAGAAUGAGGCAGGUCUCUGUUCCUCUAGUCCUUUGUUAAUUUAACAGAUGCCUCUGCAGCACAUGCUGGGUGUCCUGGCCAUUCAGCUGGGAGUGAGACCUGGGCCCUCCCCUCGUGGGUGACAGCUGGUGCCCCAGCCAUCACCCCGUUGCUUUCAUAGUUAACAGGUGAUGACAUAUGCAGAGAGAUGUGGGGGUCUGUGAGGGGCAGAUUGAUGGGAGUGCCUGGUCGAGCUGGGGGCGGGUCAGUGAGGGCUUGUCUGGGGAGGCAGCACAGAGGUGAGCCCUGGCAGUGGGGCCAGGAGGAGGGUCCAGGCAGCGCCAGCAGCCUGUGAGGAGGCUCAGGAGCUGAACCGGGGCCAGCGUGGCUAGAGGGCCUCAGCCUGUCAUCGCCUCACCUCUUGUCCCCACCUGCCUGGGAACCUCUCCGGGCUUCCAUCAAGUGGGACCCCGCUCCAAGGCCCCGCCCCCGAGCAUAGGGGUCUGGUGGUAGGGAACAGCUCCAAACUGGGGCUGGACAGAUGGAAUUUCAGUUUUCCCACGGCUCCAAUGAGAGGUGAGGGCCUGAGACAGGAUGCAGGGUGCGGGGUCCAGUGCCACUCCCAGGUCUCUGGUGUGGAUGACCUACCCUGUCCCAGCAGGUCGGAGGUCUGGGGGGGAUGUGAUAUCUUUUCUGGAAUGUGGGCCCUUGGCCUUCUCACCACCUGAUGCCGAGCCAGGUGUCUAGGCAGGGAGCACAGAUGGAUUUCCCUGGUUCUCUCUCUCUCUUUUUUUUUUUUUUUAAUAUUUAUUUAUUUGGCUGCGCCAGGUCUUAGUUGCGGCACAUGGAAUCUUCGUUGCUGCUUGCGCGAUCUGUAGUUGUGGCAUGUGGGAUCUUUUACUUGAGGGAUAAGUAUCUAGUUCCCUGAGCAGGGAUUGAACCUGGACCCCCUGCAUUGGGAGCGCGGAGUUUUUUUUUUUUUUUCCCCGGUGCGCGGGCCUCUCACUGUUGUGGCCUCUCCCGUUGCGGAGCACAGGCUCCGGACGCACAGGCUCAGCGGCCAUGGCUCAUGGGCCUAGCCGCUCCGCGGCAUGUGGGAUCUUCCCGGACCGGGGCACGAACCUGCGUCCCCUGCAUCGUCAGGCGGACUCUCAACCACUGCGCCACCAGGGAAGCCCGGAGCGCGGAGUCUUAACCGCUGGACCACUAGGGAAGUCCCUUCCUGGUUCCUUAAUGCAGAGGGAAAGCAGAUCUCCGGUGCUGUUGAGUCGGACAGACCUGUCCUUGGAUCUUAGCCCUGCCCCUAGGGAUGUGGAACCUUGGUUUGCUAGUCCAGAGAGUGGGAGAGAGCCAGUGUGUUCUUUGCAGGAGAGGUGGAGCGACCUCACAGACAGUUCUGUAGGACUCACCCACACACCCCUCCAGCUUGGUGACCUGGCCCUCAGGACUGGGAGAUGGCGGUGGAGCAUCUGGUUACAGCCGAGCAUUUUCUUUGGAAAAAUCAUCUCCCUGCCUGACAUUUACAAUCCAGGCAAGAAGUUGAGGACUUGGAAGUUAGCGUCAUUCUUUGGGGUGUGUGGAAUAGAGAGGACUUUCCAGAGCUUUUUUUGUUUUUUUGGCUGCACCAUUGCAGCAUGCAGGAUCCUAGUUCCCUGACAAGGGAUAGAACUCACGCCUCCUGCCUUGGGAGCGUGGAGGCUUAAACCACUGGACCACCAGGGAAGUCCCAGAGCUCUUUUUUUUUUUUUUAAAUAAAUAAAUUUAUUUAUUUAUUUAUUUUUGGCUGCAUUGGGUCUUCGUUGCUGCACGCGGGGUUUCUUUAGUUGCGUCGAGCGGGGCUACUCUUCGUUGCUGUGUGUGGGCUUCUCAUUGCAUUGGCUUCUCGUUGUGGAGCAUGGGCUGUAGGUGUGUGGGCUUCAGUGGUUGUGGCACGCGGGCCCAGUAGUUGUGGCUCGUGGGCUCUACAGCGCAGGCUCUGUAGUUGUGGCGCAUGGGCUUAGUUGCUUCGUGGCAUGUGGGAUCUUCCCGGACCAGGGCUCGAGCCCGUGUCCCCUGCAUUGGCAGGCAGACUCUUAAUCACUGCGCCACCAGGGAAGACCCCAGAGGUCAUUUUAAAGGUGCAAAUACUCAGGAAAGCAGGAAGUGCUCGGCAGGUUGACCCCCCUUCCUUGGGCAGCGGGCUCAGCUUGGCCAGAACCAGCUUCAUCUUGCUGUUUGGGCCUCACUGGGCAUCUCGGGUUACAAGCCUCCUUAUAGGCCUGGGGUCAGCACUCACUCAUCACGGCUCGUACAGCCCUGCAUCCGGCCCAGGCCCUGGGCUCCGCGCUUGGUGCUGGCUCCAUCCCCAUGACGGCCCCAAUGCUUCAGGGUCCUGCCGAGGGCCACCAGGCUUCUGGCUACCUGUCUACUCCACCGGCCCGAGCGGGAAGAAGUUCCGGAGCAAGCCCCAGCUGGCGCGCUACCUGGGCGGCUCCAUGGACCUGAGCACCUUCGACUUCCGCACGGGCAAGAUGCUGAUGGGCAAGAUGAACAAGAGCCGGCAGCGGGUGCGCUAUGACUCCCCGAGCCAGGUCAAGGGCAAGCCCGACCUGAACACGGCCCUCCCGGUCAGGCAGACGGCGUCCAUCUUCAAGCAGCCAGUGACCAAGAUCACCAACCACCCCAGCAACAAGGUGAAGAGCGACCCCCAGAAGGCCGUGGAGCAGCCCCGGCAGCUCUUCUGGGAGAAGAAGCUGAGCGGCCUGAAUGCCUUUGACAUCGCGGAGGAGCUCGUGAAGACCAUGGACCUCCCCAAGGGCUUGCAAGGCGUGGGUCCCGGCUGCACGGAUGAGACGCUGCUCUCGGCCAUUGCCAGCGCCCUGCACACCAGCACCAUGCCCAUCACCGGGCAGCUCUCAGCCGCCGUGGAGAAGAACCCCGGGGUGUGGCUCAACACAGCCCAGCCGCUCUGCAAGGCCUUCAUGGUGACCGAUGAGGACAUCAGGAGGCAGGAGGAACUGGUGCAGCAGGUCCGCAAGCGGCUGGAGGAGGCGCUGAUGGCCGACAUGCUGGCUCACGUGGAAGAGCUGGCCCGGGACGGCGAGGCGCCGCUGGGCAGGGCGGGCGCUGACGGGGAUGAGGACGACGGGGACCAGGAGGAGGGGCCCGACCAGGACCAGGAGAUGGAGCACGUGUAGAGCAGGCACUGGCCGGGUCCCAGCUCCAGCUCGCGCGGGCAGCGACCACGAGUGAGGGGUGGUCUGGGUCCCUGGGGCCUGCCUUGUGCCAGUGGCAGCAGUGCUGGGCCGGGCGCCUCCCGAGAGCACCUGUCUUCAAGGAGGACGGCCUGCCAGGCACGGAUGGUGCCCUCUCUGUCCCUGCACGGGCCCCACCUGCCUGCCCUCCCGCAUGGGGCCACCUGCAGACUCGGCCCUCACCCUGCCCAGGCGUGUCCCCUCCCCUGGGCCACGGGGACAUGGCUGAAGCACGGCCUCUCGCCUGAUGGACCCCCCAUGUCUGCCCCUCCUCGGGGUCAUGGCUCCACACUGAACUCGGGCCAGCCUGGUCCCCGUGGCUGCUGCCCUGGACCUCUCGCACAGGACAGCUGUCACUGGGCCGCCUGCGAGGCUCCCCGCGGGGCUGGAGAAACAUUUGUGGAACUGUCUCCCCUCCCGACCUGCACACAUGAGGGACGGUAUCCCGGACCGCCCAUCAGCCCUUCCAGAAGGGGAUGCAGGAUGGCUCCCCAGGGCCCACCCGGCGGGCACAGCGCUCCCAAGAGCAAAUGGCACAACCCGGACAUUUUCCUUCAGUAAAACUCAUGGUAGAGGUGAGGCCGAUGUCCACGUAGCUGCUUAACCUUCUGUCUGUUGCACACGGAUGGGAACUCAGGCCUCAGCGCCUGAAGACCUCACUGUCUGCAGCCCGGCCCAGCCUGAUGGUCAGCGCCGCGGACAGAGAACUAACUGCUCACGGCCGGACUCGGGCCAGGCUCCAGGCCAGCGCCGCCAUCGGCUGACCUCCAGGCCUCAGUCUCACCUCAUAGAACAGGGACAGUGGCGCUGAUCUGGCAGGUGUGGGGCCUCCCACUACCUGGGGCUUCUGCAUCCCCAUCCCAGGCGCGUUUCCUGGCCAGUCCUGGGCAGCGGCCUCUGUGGAGCAUGGGGUUUGGAGGCGGUCAGAGUCACGCUGUCCCCCCCUGCAGCAAGUGCCCCUGGCCAGGGGAGCUUCUGCUACCCUGAGUGGACCCCGGGCCAGCCCCCUUCCCUCAGCCCCAGGAAUGCCCUUGGGGUGGCCCCCAGCCCCUCCAUCGCCUGGAGACACGAACCCCGGGCCGGUGCAGCCCCAGGGCCCACCAGUCCUGUCCCAGCCCUGCCACACGCGCGGCCGUUACUGUCGGGGGGGCGGGGGAGCCUGGGUCGCUGCCUCAUCGGGCCAGACACCGUGGGCUGCCGUGGCCUGCCCGGCGGGGUGACAGUGGCAGUGGGAGCCCCUCGGGGCUGGGACUCGCUGCCCACUCCCUCCAAGGACUCUGGCCCAGGAGGUUGGGCUGACUGCAUCCUUCCUAGUCCAGUCAAAGCACAAAGCCCUGAGGACUGCGGCCGCUGCACUGCGGAGGCUGCAGUGACACUGCCGGGGGCCAGGCCAUCACGGGCCCCAGGAAGGCCCCUCCACAGAGGCUGCGGCCCCGAGGGAGGCUCCUGUGGGUGGGGUUGAAUAAAGCGUGUCGGGCCAG